CCCCCUCCCCACAUUUUUACCCCCUCUAGGAUCUCAGACCGUGGCGGUGGGAUCCCCCACGACCUUCUGGACAAAGUGACCGAAUACCACUUCAGUACAGCCGAGGCCAGCGCCCAAGACCCCCGACUGGGCGGCCCCUUCCGUAACCUCAUGGACCUCAGCAACAUCGGCCAGGCCGGCCCAAUGCACGGUUUCGGAUUCGGGCUGCCCACCUCCAGAGCCUACGCCGAAUACCUGGGCGGCUCCCUGUGCCUGCAGUCCCUGCAGGGGGUGGGAACCGACGUCUACCUGAGGCUGCGGCACAUCGACGGCAAGGCCGAGAGCUUCCGCAUCUAACGGGACCCCCGAGGGACCCCCCAAAGGACCCCCCCCACCCCCCCUCAGGUUUUGUCACCUCCUGGCGACGUCGGACGGAGGUGGGGACUCUGCGCUGGUCUCCGUUGGGAGGUCUGGCCGCGUUUGCGCUUCGUUAAGAGGCGUCGCCUUCGUUAAGGGCGCCGCUCAUUAAAGCCCUUGUGCUGA